AUGGCCAAGUUUGUCGCCGAUACCAAUGCUAUUGAAAUUCCUCAUAGAACUGCUAUUGCUUUGGAAAGAGUAAUUUUGGUCAGAAGAUCAUUCUCGAAGCAGGUUGGACGACGUGAUCGUCGCUCUGAUGCAACACAUGCUUAUUUUGCCAACGUCCUCGAAAAGGUCCGCGACUAUCUCAAACCCAUCAUGGAAGCAGGCCUGUUCAAACCCAAGGACACCCCCAAGGAGAACAAGAACAGUACACCGUUGAGUAACAUGUUUGACUGCCUCAACGUCUACACACCAUCUGAAACCUUCCUCAACGCUCCAGACAUCAUCCCUGAGCCCUCGGUGCAAUCCACUGUUGAGCAGGAGCCUACCUUGGAGGAUGCUACUUUUGCACUUCUCACUCUUCUGGGCGAUCUGGAGAGAAUCAAGGAUGAAAUCAGCGAGCUUUGGAAGAAGUACGCCGCUGGAAAGAUAGAUGUUUCUGCCGCGGCUGUGGCAACCAAUACGGCGUUUGAAUUGGCGCAAAGUUUGGAGAAUGAAGUCAAGGACCUUCUCGACAAGUUCAAGGGUACAGCCCUUCUCAUGGAAAGCUUGUUCAUAUCAGCCUGUGAGAUGAUGGGUAUCGACGCGGGGAAGAAAGGUCGAGGCGAAGCUUUCAACAUCAGAGCAUACUCACUCGCGAAAGAUAUGCAUAUCAACACUCUGCAACUGCUGAGAAGCUACGUUGAACAGUCAAGGCAAGUCGACAUUAUCAAUAUUUACAACGGCAUGUUCGGCUGGUACAAUGAGGAACUCGGUGCUAAAGGCAAGACGAAUAAGGAGAAGUGGGCGCAGGACCGCGGAGCCAUGAUGGCUUUGUUGCCCGAUCUUCAAUUCCUCGGCACUCGGGGAGGUCGAGGCCAAGUCGAGGAUGAGCUCGUCCGCGCCACGGGCGAGGUAUUUGAUAACCUUAGCAAGAGACUUAGCGUCUGGAUCCCAUGGGCUCUGAACGUAUGGUUGGAUAUUCUGCAGGGCUUCGGAUCCAACUGUGGCCAAGCCUACGAGGAGCUUAGACGGGACAGUCUGAAGAUCCAAAAGGCUCUUCUUAAUCUCCCGGACACACCCCAGCGAACGGAAGUCCUCAAAACUGUCACCCGGUGGAACAGAGAUCCUACGUACACCACCAGAACGGACUUGAUCAAAACGGGUGCCCUAAGGGGUAAUGGUCUCUCCCCCGAGUUCACAUUCCUUCGUCGCCACUCCAUCUUCUGUGGCCUUCUUCUUCACCACUGCCGAUGUCAACUCCACGAAAAGGGUGUCGAACUUGCAGCUCAAGGCGGCGGCAUUCUGUGCACCGCACAGCUCUACCAGGCUCUCCGCAACGAAAAUCGUCUCCCUGACAAAAAGUGGGAUGAUCUCGAAACCUUGUGGGAAUACCAAGGAGAUCCUUGUUUCUUCGUCGGCGAACCACCAAAGGAUCGCGAGGGGUACUUCAAAAACUUCACCCUCUCCAAAGGCCUUUCGGCAUCAAACUGGGCGCCUAACAGAAGAAGCGGCAAACCUGCUAUGCAAACGAACAAUAUGCGAAACAUGAAGUUUGACGGGUGGCUGUCAUUGAAAGUCGGCAGACGCCUUCACGUCGACAACACACGUGAACCAUGGACGAAAGCGUACGUGACUGAGUUGUUGACUGAUGGGCGUACGAAGGAAAUGCAGGAUGGAAAGGGCAAGACUUAUGCAAACAUGAAGGGCAAGGAGAAGGAGCAUGAACCUCUCCCUUCAACUCCAGAAGAGAUCAUAAGUCAUCUCGCCCAAGUCAUCGGCAAACAAGUCCCCAGGAUCGCUUUCAACUAUUUCAACAUGCACUACAUCUCAAAGGAUCUUCUGGCCAGUCUCAAAGACGCCUUCGUCAAAGCCAUUGGACCCGAAUUUAUGAACUCCAUUCCCAGUGAGGACCAGCUACCCCUCGUAGUAGGCUACAUCUUCUCCACAGCCGCCGGCCACUCUAGCGAAGACGUCCGCAUUCGUGGCGCCGGAAAUGAUGGCCUCCUCAACAUCGCCACGGAAAUUGUCAAUGAUUUCUUGGACAGUGGCAUGGGAAGUUGGAUCACGAAGGCUAGUCAGCAGGAUGUUAAUCCGGAGGAGGUCGAAGGCCUUGAUAUCGAUGGCUCGAAGAACUGGGCUGGAAAUGCCAUUGGCAACUUAAUGAGAGAAGGCCCAGGGGCGUUUGAAGGACGCGAUAAGCCGACAGCCGGGGAUCUGGAAAAGCUCAUGGGUAUGCUGGGACUUAAUCGAGCUGAAAUGAACGAUGUUGCUCGGCGUGCCGGAUUUUGA